AUGUCGAAGAACCGAACCGGUCUCUAUCUGGGUCUCGCCGCUGCCGGCGCUGGCGGGUACUACCUCUACCGUGCGGGCGGCGAUGUCCGAGGCGCGAAGAAGGAGAUGAAGUUUGAUGCCGAGAAGGCGCGCGAGAAGCUGCCCAUGGGCAAGGACGCCGAACAGAAGGGCGCAGAGGUCGGAAAGGAAGCCGGUGCCCAAGUCGACGAAGCUAUCAACAACGCCCGUUCCAAGUUCAAGCUGGACGAGCGCAUCCCCGAGGCCGCGCAGGAUGGCAAGGAGAAGCUCGAUGGAUUCCGUCAAGAUGCCCGCGACAAGAUCAACAGCACUGUCGACCAGGUGGAUCGGACCGUGGAGCAAAAGGCCGGCGAGGCGAAGGGAACCGUCUCGGGCUGGUUCGACAGGAAGAAAUAG